GAGCGGAUCCUCCACGCCGGGCGAGGCGGCGGCACCGCCAGAGAAUACGUCCGCAGCAGCCCAUCCGGCACCGCAUCGCCGUCUCCUUCCCCAUCCGCAAGGCAAGGCCUCUCCUCUGCCUCUGCGCUGAACCCUAGUUUCACUGAAUAAGUCCAUCUUUAUACGGCUGGAUGCCCUACGAACCCCAUUGUUUCUUGGUUUGGUUCGGCCCAUCUCUUAAUUAAUUCCCAUAAGGAAAACGUUUAUAAUCAUCCGACUUAUCUCUCUCUGUUUUAAGCCUCCUUCUCUAUGCGCCACGUGUGUGCGUCAGGCUGCGACUGCCCACCGCUUCGCCCCAACCUUAUCUUAUCUCUAACGCAGCUCCUCCACUCGUUUCUUCUUCUUUCUUCCUUUUACAUGCCAUCGCCAAGAGAUUAGUCAUGGCGAGCAGCCGAGCAUCACCACAACAGCUAGGAAAACGGAAGAGUUAGACACCGGCCGUCGGCACCAACAGCCGGAGCUCCUCCGUUGCAUCGCUCGAGGUGGCAUAGCGCACAUGGAGGGGAGCCAUGGUAAGGACCACCACAACAAGGGGAAACCGGGAGGUGAUGCCGGUGAUACAAAUGGCGCUCGUCGAUGAACGCCAGUGCUGCAAUGCACCAACGCGUCCAUGGCCGCCGUACUCGAGCGCCGGUGGCGGAGCUGCAAUGGAGCGCUCGACACCGGCGGCGGAGCUACAAUGGAGCUGCUCGGCUCAGGCGGCGGAGCUCCAAUGGAGCGCUCGGCGUAGGCGGCGGAGCUCCAAUGGAGCGCUCGACGCCGGCGGCAGAGCUGCAAUGGAGCCGCUCGGCGCAGGCAGCGGAGCUGCAAUGGAGCCGCUCGGCGUAGGCGGCGGAGCUUCAAUGGAGCGCUCGACGCCGGCGAUGGAGCUGCAAUGGAGCAGCUCGGCGCAGGUGGCGGAGCUGCAAUGAAGCUGCAAGUCGUCGGCUACGGAGCUGCAAUGGAGCGCUCGUUGAUGUUGGGGAACGUAGUAAUUUCAAAAAAAUUCCUACGCA